AUGACGCGAAGAGGGGAAGACAAAAAGAGAGAAGAAAAGCCGGAACGCCGACCGAACGGGAACAAGGGGGAGGGGAGAAACAAGCAAAGGCCGGGGCAAGCACAAAAAGAAACAGGAAGAGGAAACCGCGGGGGUGGGCGAAGGAGAGGGAGGAACGAGGGAGCGAGGGAGGAAAGAGCCGGCGCGAAAACGGGCCGCAUGGGGGGGGAAAGUCGGCGAGCAGAGGGACAUAAGCCGGGCGCGACAAGAAAGAGGGGAGAAAGGGGAGACAGGAACAGGAGCAACGAGAGACCAGGAGCCGGACGGGCGGGAGACCGCAGCGGGGAGGUGACGCGGAGGGAACGGGGAGACAGGAGGAGCACGUACCGGGUGGCGGGACAGGGAGGAGCAGGGAGCGCGGAAACCGGAGGGAGGAGGGGUAAUGGACCGGGCGAAAACCCCAGCGAAAAAGAACCGGGGUGCCGGGACAGGACGGAGGGACCGGGAGGAAGUAGGCCGAAGGAUACCGAAGGGAGGAACAAAAAAACGAGGACGGGAGAGGGCGAAGGGGCGAGCAGGAGGCGUACGGGUAGGGAGAAAAACGGGAAGCAGGGGGGUUGA